UGGAAAUUAUAUAAGUUAGGUCCUUUUGCCACAAUGAACAGCGAGACAAAUAAUGUUGUUUUUGGCAAAAGAUGAACUGCAGCAAAAUGGAAACAGUGUUGCAUGCAGCAAAUACAGAGUGGAAUGGAAAAUGAUGCGUUCUUACAUCCAUUCUCUGGAGAGCUACUUUUUGGACAGUAGAUAGUCUGACCUGGUAUAGGCAGCUUCCUAUUAGCCAUGUGACACAAUAGGGAAGAACCACGACUGCACAAAACAACACAAAAUUGCCACUGUUUCCCCAAAACCCCCACAAAAUUCUUUCCGUGGGAUUGUUUGGCUCUGCUCCAUUAGAUUGCUAGUUUUACUCUUUUAAUAUGAACAUUCUUUCUGUUGAUGAGUCAUAUUCUAGCUCAAUUUGGGAAAUGCUGUUUCUUUCAGGGUCCAGGUCAACUUUGUUAUCGUGAAAACACAGCUUGUGACGUACAGCCAGAUUGUGAAGUAUUUGAGAAAGCAGGCUACAUGGCUACCGACGAUGAUUAUUUUGCUGAAUACCCCAACACCACAUUUCAGAACGAUGAAAGCGCACACAAGACAUUUACAGCGUUUAGCAGUGUCUUCCUGGUCUGCAUGUAUUCAUUUGCCUGUAUCUUUGGAGUCUCAGGGAACACUUUGGUUCUCAUCAUUUUCAUCUUCUAUGAAAAAGUAAAGGUGCUGACGGAUGUAUUUCUGGUGAGCUUGGCUGUAGCUGACUUGUGCUUUCUUUGCACGUUGCCAUUCUGGGCUUAUUCUGCUGCUAGGGAGUGGAUCUUUUACACUUUGCCGUGUCAAAUCAUCCGAGGCCUCUACACCUUGAAUCUGUACGGUUCCAUGCUAACCCUCACCUGCUUAACCAUUGACAGGUAUUUUGCUAUCGUCCAAGCCACCAAAGCACACAUCAGCCAAGCCAAAAGAAUCGUCUGGGGUAAGACGGUUUGCAUUUUGGUUUGGGUGCUUUCUCUGCUAUUUGCUUUGCCACAAUUUUUAUUUAGCACACAAAAGGAGUAUAGCAAAAAGGUAUGCAUUGCGGAAUACCCUUCAAAUUCUUUGCAGAUGCUCACCGAAGCAAUUCAAAUGACUCUUGGAUACUUCUGCCCUAUGCUGGUCAUGGUUCUUUGCUACUCAAUCAUCACAAAAACUUUACUCUACGCGAAGGGCUUCCGCAAGCAGAAAUCCUUAAAAAUAAUAUUUUCCAUUGUUGUGGUGUUCAUUUUUACACAGACGCCCUAUAACAUCUUGAAACUCGUUCGUGCUGCGGACCAGAGCAUCAUGAUGGACAAUGGGUUCCGGUUUGAAUAUGCUUUGAUCGUAACGGAAGCCAUUGCUUAUUUCCACAGUUGCCUCAACCCUGUUCUCUAUUUCUUUAUCGGUUUGAAGUUUAGGAGGAACCUGGUAAAAAUCCUUAAAAAGCUUGGAUGUGCUAAACAUGAACAAACCAGGAAGCCAUUCCAAACUAUGGAUGAUGAUUGCUCAAAAUCCUGCACUGCCACACAGAACGCAGAGGAAACAAGCAUGUAUCCAUUGUAAGAGGAUUUUGAAGAGCAUUCUUUUGUGGAGCUUCAGUUUUAGUCGCCCUGGGCAUUCGCGCGAGCAAAAGCAACAGGCAGAAUCUCCUCAACAUAGCUAUCCUGUUUGUAAAGUUGGUGAAAGCUUCCCUACAAGCAAACUUUGCAGAAUCUCAUUGCCACCCUGAUUCUUAUGCUAGAGGCAUCUUACGAGAAAAGACUCAAUUGCGUUACAUUUCAUACAAUCCUUAAAAAUGUUCAAACAUACCUACACUCAAUCCCACAGAUA